UUAUUGGGGUUUUCAGCAACCAAAUGCAAAUAAUUUGAAUAUUUUUGUAGUCACAAGUUCUGAUGAGCAGAAAGACCCUUUUAAUCUCCUGUAUCAAUCAGUAUUUAACCUGUAUGUAAGAUAUAUACACCCAUGCAUUAUACAGCGUUGGGGAAUUGUUUGGUUUUAUAAAUGGGUCUUACUAACAGACUCCAGCAAGCAAUGAUAAUUGUACUUAAUGAGUUGAUUUCUGUCCUUUCAGCAUUGGAACGGAUCUUGGCUAAAAUGCUCCCUACAUUGCUUUUCCGGUUUUUCUUCAGCAACAGUAAUGAAUAUUAUCAAGUGAAGUAUUUCCUUGGAGCAAUUGUUGGAUUGUGCAUCGGAAGCGCACUUUACUUUUUGCUGGUUUAUCCAUUAACCACCUUGAAUGACCAGAUCAAAGUCUGCAUAUUUAUUGUUAAUAAUGCUAUAUUUUCCUUCGGAUGGGCAAUGUCCACUAAUUUCCGCUGCUCGACAUUGAUGAUACUCCUGCUUAUCCUGUGCGAAAGUACAGGUGCCCUAACAACUACAGUUGCUAUCAAAGCAAUCACUGAUGGCCCUGUUCCUAAUAUGAUGAAAAAUAUAGAACUACUUGUAAUGAGCUUUGAGUGUACAGGAGAGAUGACCCUUAACCACACAAAGAUGAUGUACACAUCAAUGAUGGAACCUAUAAAGAGGAUAUUUGGUCAAUUGACGAAAAGGUCAUCGAAUUUAACAAAGGACACCAAAGAAAUAACUGAUGAUUUCCGUGAGGUAGAAGAAGAAGUUGAAAGCACUGAGGGAUACGACAAUGUGAGAGAGAAAGAACUGAUAAGGGAAGAAAUCGAGAGAAACAAAACGUUACUAAUGAAUACUCAGAAGAAAUUUAGCAUGAAGACUUUCCUGCGCUGUGAACAUCUCUUUGAAAUGGGCAUAGGGAAGUGCCAUGAAUGGUUUGAUCAGAAAUAUGAUGAAUGCAUGGAGACAAUAUGGUUACCUGUUCUCAAUCAUGCAUUGUGCUGGCCAAUGAAAUUGAAAUUUGUCUGCGGCGCUUUAAAUUGGUUCCUGCCAUUGUGCAAGAAGCACAUCCGCAUUGACCCUUUGUUUGGAGAACUCUAUGAUAAUAUCAGUGGGGCCAUUGACACAUUCAAGCAAAAUGUCACUAUAGAUGUUCAAAUUACGGUCAGAAACAAAACCAUAUUUGAUACGACACUGAAGAAAGUCAAACAAAAUGUGUCCGAAACCGUUGAAGAGAGCGAAUCAGUUUCACAGAAAGCUAUGAAGGCUAUAAAAAUAGUUUUGUCUCUACUCUUCCUCCAAUACAUCAGUUCAGCUUUUGGCUAUGUUGAGAAUUACAAUUCAAACCUUCGCCACGACAAUGUGUACAUAACAACGUACUUCAAACAAAUCGACGCUCGUAGGAGGAAGCAGGGAAAGAGGCACCUGCUACCGCUGAAAAAAGGGGAACGUGCAGAUUUAAUUUACCCAAUAAACUUUGCCCUCCAUGGACCAGAGGUGAAAGCAUUGACAAGCGCUAUGAUAGGGUGCAUUCCGCUGAUUGUUAUUUGCCUGCUUUUACUUGGACUGGAUUUGGGUGUCCAAAAUAUCAUGGACAUUACUAUCAAGCAUUCCAAUAUUAGCUACAACUUUGGCUUUAAACACAAUCUAGAAGUGAUUGUUGGUGGCACCGGAUUCCUGGCAAGAUUUCUCCGGAACACAAUUGGAAAUAUCAAUACGUCCUCUAAUGCGCUUCAUGUGACCAAUAAUACUGUUUGUCUGGCGCAACCGAUUCAUCUGACGUCCCAGCAAUAUAUCGGCACUUGUUUACUACUGACCAUCACGCUGAUCCUUCCUUUUGUCCAGAUAUACAUGAGCCGACUGUGCAGAGUCCUGGCUGCUUACUUUUACCCUAAGACGGAGAAAAGGCGAAUUCUCCAUCUCUAUAAUGAGCUACUGAGGUACAGGGACCUGUAUUUAAAUAUAAAGAGGAAGAACUUAAUGAUCACUGCCAACCGCCACAGAAACUUUAUGAUGUCUAUACCUGGUAUGCUAUUCCGACAAAUGAAAUGGCUGAGAGUCAUUAUAAAGCGACGCUGUUUGGUUUGUAAUGCCAAAGAAACCAAGACUUCCUAUAUUUGCAAGACAUCAAACUGUGACACAGCCUACUGCCUCGACUGCUGGAAGGAGAUAAAGAAAUGCUGCUUUGUUUGCUUACCAGAUGAUUUAAUUGAAAAUUACUUCUGUGAAGAAUAAUACUACAGUGAUGGCGGCCCCUCCCCCUUUUUAAAAAAAUGUUUUGUAUAAUAUACUUUUUUUAAUAUAUUUUGUAAAAUAUAUUAAACAUAUAUUUUAUAUAAUCAGUAUUUAAUAAACUUUAAUAAACUUUUAUAAAUAUGUGUCCAUUGUAUUUGAGAAAUUUUCCGGCCGGCCCUAUUGACGAGCUGACCGAUAUGCAAGUCUUUUGCUAUCAGUUGGCUCGUCUCCCACCAUACAUACUAAAUAUUGCACUAAAAUUGUUUCAUACCAUAUUAUCUGUGCGUCUAUGGCCACCUUAAGGCGUCAAGCCCGGUUAGGUUGUCUCUUUCCUGGCUCCACUUAUUAUUAUUGAGAAAUCGUGGCAGACAGGCUAAUGAGAUCACUGGGCAAUGAGCUGAGGGGCUGUCAUGACAGAGCUGUGAAACGAUUGUUGCAGGAACAGCCUCCAAAGAGCCCCCACCAAUAAGUAAUUGACCCCUGCUGUAUGCUGGCAUGUAACUGCCCCAGAUCAGCACACCUUGAACAGAUAUUUUGUUUAGAUUGCCAGCUGUCGGCCACUUCUCCCAUUUACAGUGCUGUCAUUACUGAACAGGAGGGACCCAGAAGCACGGUACUAGCUAUGGAGUCACAUUGCGCUCCGACGGUAUACAGCACAAAAGUUCCAUAUAUUCAUCCAGAUGUCAGGUUUAUCGUUGCCCCAAAGAGCUAACGAUCAACUGGGAAAAGAAGCAGUGCUUCCAGCAUUCCCUGUGAAACCAAUAAUGGUUACUCCACAUUACUGUUGUUUACACCCUUUUCUAUCUUACGAAAUCUAAGUUGGCCUUCUGUGUGAGCCAUCGGAUCAUCCCCCGCCACUAGCUUGUGGCUUUUAAGAGAGAGAGACUGCCCAAAGCAACGCCUAUUUUUGAAAAAAAUGAAAUAAUGGAAAAACAAUAGUGAAGGCAAAGUAAAGUUGCAUGUAUAAGUGCACACUUGAAAAGUAUACUUACAACUAUGCUGAUGUAAGUAAUGAAAACUCUUUGGUUAAGCACUGUAAAUAUGUCAGUGCUGAGUAAAUAAAGUAUAAUACUCAUUAAAAAGUAAUGAAAUUGACACUUUUAUUAUAGAACCAUUGGUUUAUUGCCAAGAAGGUACAAAAUGCCUGAUGAAUGUGAAUCUGCCUUUGCAUAUUCUUUUUUACCAUCUUACCCUCCUCUAAGGACAGUGUCUUUAAUUUUAGGGUAUUUGUCAUAUGAGAAAUUUGUGCCACCUUAAGGUGGUGGUAAUUCCAGGGUUUCCAAUGUGGCCGGCAUCAGUCUAGAUAGACUUGAACCUAAAGAAUCCUGUGCUGAUGUCAUUUUAACACAAAUUACACAUUUAUGUUUGCGGGAAAAUACACUGCAUUAUGGGUAAACUUUGCACACUUGCGGUCUUAAAUGAGACAUAUAACAGUCCAACAUAUAUCAUGCACUAUUCAAGUAGCUUUGGGUGUCUGGUGCGUUAACCGUAUCUGUGGGGAGUCAAUCCCAAUAUACAAAUCUCCAACUG